GGCUGCCGCAGCGCCGCCCUGCGCGAGGCGGUACUGCCGCGGCGGAGGGAUACCGCGCACCGUAUAUAUAUCGCGGCACACAGGCUCGCGCUACGGCAGUGGUGCUGGGAGUCUCGUGUCCGUGGUGCCGUUACUCGCAGUCGGGCGGCGGCUGAGGCUCAGCGCACAACGCAGGUAGCGCGUUAGCAGCGGCAGCGGAGGCACCUCGGCGGUCACAGCCCCUGUGCUGGUGCAGCCACCUUCACACCUGCCCCGCUCUUCCUUCCUUCGCUCGCACCAUGGCUGAUCAGCUGACUGAAGAACAGAUUGCUGAAUUCAAGGAAGCUUUCUCCCUAUUCGAUAAAGAUGGUGACGGCACCAUCACAACAAAGGAACUGGGGACUGUCAUGCGGUCACUGGGUCAGAACCCCACAGAAGCUGAACUGCAGGAUAUGAUCAACGAAGUGGAUGCUGACGGGAAUGGCACCAUUGACUUCCCAGAGUUCUUGACUAUGAUGGCUAGAAAAAUGAAAGACACAGAUAGUGAAGAAGAAAUCCGUGAGGCAUUCCGAGUCUUUGACAAGGAUGGGAAUGGCUACAUCAGUGCAGCAGAACUGCGCCACGUCAUGACGAACUUAGGAGAGAAGCUAACAGAUGAAGAAGUCGAUGAAAUGAUCAGAGAGGCAGACAUCGAUGGGGACGGACAAGUCAACUAUGAAGAAUUCGUACAGAUGAUGACUGCAAAAUGAAGACCUACUUUCAACUACUUUUCCCCCUCUAGAAGAAUCAAAUUGAAAUCUUUUACUUACCUCUUACAAAAAAAAAAAAAAAAAAGAAAGAAAAAAGUUCAUUUCUUCAUUCUGUUUGUAUCUAGCAAAAUUGAAUGUCAAAAGUACCUUCUGUCCACACACAAGACCUGCAUGUAUUGGUUGGUGGUCCUGCCCCCUAAAGAUCAAGCCCCCUACAUCAGUUUUACAGUAUAAAUACUCGUACUACCUUAUAAGGAAGCACUUAGUGGACUCCUUAAAGUUCCAUUUGCUAAUGAUUAAUACACUGUUUGGGCUGGCCAGUUUCUCAUGCAUGCGGCUUGAUGAGUGAGCACAGUCAGGCAUUUGUAUUAAAACCGAAAAAUGGAAAAAACAAAUUCAAAAUCUCAGAUGGCUUCUAGUUCAAUCUGUUGAGAUAAAUUGUCAGCAGCCAGUUCACUGCAAGCAAACAUUUAAAAUUGGUUUACCUCAGGAUGAUGUGCAGAAAAUGGGUAAAGGCUAAACUCUGAGACACAGACCUAGAAGUAGGACAGUCCUCUUGAAGUGCCCCAAUCCCAUGGUGACAGUGACACCCUGGUGGCGAGCCCGAGUGCGAUGGUUCACUGCUGUGCGCUUGCACUGGAGUGACAUGAACCACAAGGCUGUCCCCGAAUCACACACAUUUUAUUAGAAAUGUUUGCUAAGGGAGCAUCUUUGGACUCUCUGUUCUAAAACCUUGUGAACCGUGACUCGGAGCCCGCAGAGCAGGCUGUGUCAGUGGACUUGAGCACACCAUCAACAUUGCUGUUCAGGAAAUUAUAAUUUACGUCCAUUCCAAGUUGUAAAUGCUAGUCUUUUAUUUUUUUUUUUCCAAUAAAAAGACCAUUAACUUAAAAGUGGUGUUAAAUGCUUUGUAAAGCUGAGAUUGGAAGGGGACAGGCCAAGGCCGUUGGAGGGGAGGUCAGUAUACACAGAAACACCCACCAUCCAGUGCAAGCUGGAUUUCCCGCCAUGUUCUCUAGCAUCAACUGAAGCCAGACAGAUCCGGAGUUCUUUGUCAUCUAUGAGGACGUAAGUCUAGUUGUCUUGUGUGUGUGCAUACUCGAAUCAUGGUCGGUUGAUGUUCAGAGGAGAGCCCUAGUGAGGGAAGGCCCCUUGAGCAUGCAGUUAGGAUGUCUUGGCUGUGCUGUUGCUGACCUGUUGUAACUACAGGAGGCCAUCUGUGCAGGAGACAUGAUUAGUGUGUAAUCCUAUACUCACUGUGUAUGGUGGAAGCAGGCUGGUCAAAGACACUACCUUUAAUUCAGUUUGUAAUUUACGGUUAUACUUAACUUUAGCCUUUAUACUUUAUUAUUAUUAUUAUUUAAGUUAACUGCUUUUUUUUCCCCCUGUAAGUAGAGUUAAUGCUUAACACUGGCUUAAAAGCAAAGAAACAAAACAAUAUCCCAGAAAGAAUUUCCUGUCUAAUUACAAACCUGUAACCAAAACGUAGACAUGCUGGUACUGGGCCCUUCCAAGGCACUGGUCCGUUUAAAAAGCCCCCCUUAGAAGUGUGUUGCAUUUAAAACAAGGGCCUUGUACAUUUUUUCAGGGUGUUUUCAGGUGAUUAGCAAGGGGCUUUGGCUUCCAAAUUCGGGGGUAGCAGAGAGCUGGCAGGCUUCUGUUCUGGCAAGGCAAUGAGAAACCCUUGGCAACUACAUGGGUGCACUUGGGGCUAACCUGUAGACCCCUGGUUGCUCCCUCUCCUGCUCCCUGUCUUUCUGGCAUUUUGUAGCUCCUUAGAAUGUUUUUCUUUUCUGCCAGAGGGAUGGGUCAGAGCCGUGGAGGGGAAGACAUUGCCUGAGCACUUCUGCUCAUCCUUGGACUGGGUGGUUGGCAGACAUUUUGGUGUGCUCGCUGUAAGUUGACUUUAGUAUCUGGAUUGUUGGGUUUUCCCUUCUGGUAGAGAGGAGGACUGAGGGUUCCAGGUGUGAGGAAGUGAAUGAAUGGCGGUGGAUCUGUCUUGUAAGAGGAUUGAUUAAAUCACCAGUCAAUGACCCAGACUCAGACUUGUCUGUAACCUCUUGGUCGUUUCAAAGAUGGUUGGAGGUGACUUUAAAAAUUUACCUCCUAUCUGUUACCUUUUACCAAGUCUGUAGAAGCUGGGUAGACAUUUAGCCGCCCCAGAGCCUGUCCUAAAAGAUUACCUUCGAAACAGGAUUCUUGUGUGGCCAGGAAUCCUGCUUGGGAACCAGAAACCCUAACCCCCCAGGGAAUGUGAAGCUGGGGUUUGGAACUGUAGGAGGCAGAGUCCCACCACCUCCUCAGCCUUCUGGCAUCGUGGGGAACAACCAGCCCAGGGCUUGGUUUUGGCAGUCUGAGUUCGUGAGGUAGAGUGGGGUGUCAAGGCAGUACCCCUGAAGUCAGCACUUUGUGUAAACCGUCCCUCACUUAUAACUACUCUAUAAAUAUAUACAUAUAUUUAUAUAAAUAUAUAUAUAGGAAGCGACUAGUUAACUGGCAUCCUGCUUUAGCCUGAGACUGGCCCUAAGAAACUGCUGAGCCCUUGGCACGCCUCUACACAGUGUGGUUUCUGUCUGUUGGGGGGAGCUGUUGAGCAAGGCAAACAUCUUGAUAGUUGAGAUGGGCUUUAAUGUACUGUUGCCAGGGAAGGCUUUUUCUGAUUUUUUGACAAAUUUUUGCACACUUUAAUUGGUGUCUUUGAGCAACUUAAACACAUUGAAGAUGAGCUAUUGUACAUAUUUUUAUAUUCUCUUUAUAAGUGCAUGUCCAACUUGUAACCAUAUUGUAAGGAAUGGCUGUCCAGUAGGCCUAGUGUUACUGUCACAUAAGAGGGAUAGCAUCUAUCAUUCGCCCCUCAGCAUCCUGGGAACUUCUUCUUGAAUGAAGACUGUAAAUUUGGUCAAGUCAACUCUUAGCUCAGUUAUCUUAACCAUUUGAAUGAUUUAUUGUGUGUCCUACAUAUAUUUCUCUUUGGCAGCGACCAGAGUUAAACUGAUGUGUCUCAGCUGACCCACUCAGCUGGCAGUCACCUACUUUUUUUCUUUUUCAAUACCCCUUGAAGUUGUCUAGUAGAAGACAGAUUAUUUGCUGUCUAUCCCUUUGAGUAAGAAAUCAGGGAUGUGUGCUCUUCCUCUAGACCUACAAUGUUCAUUAAACACCUAUAGCGAGGAUGAUGGUGGUCCUUCCGUUACUGAAGUCACCCUUCACUGUGGCUGUUUGAAAAGGAGAUGUACUUGGAUGUUCUGUAAAUCUUGAGAUAAACUGUUUUGGAGAUUUAACCACCUCUCUGAUGGGGGACCAACUCUAUGGAAAUUGUAAAUAAGUUUUAUUUAUAAACCUGGCACUGUAUUCAAUAAACAUUUCUGCAGCCUUUCAUCUCUUAA